AUGGGUGGUGCCUCAAAUUCGUCCAGCUGUGUUCAAGCUACCUUGAAGAUGCUUUACUUUAUGUUAUUUUGUUGCUGCACCUGGUCUACAGCAAUGGUAUUGCCCACUGAGCCGUUGUUCAAUGUACAGAACGAAACACAUAGUAUUACGGACGAAGAAGAAGAUCGACGUCGUCGACGUCGUCGUCGUAUGCUCCAGGCCAAUCGUGAUAUGCUUACAUUAAUGGAAAAGCGAAAAAAAAGACUUAAAGCGAAUCUAAUCAAAGCGAAAAACAAUCAUUUCUCAUCCAAAACAGUUUAG